AUGCUAGUGGACUAUCAGUCCCCGAGGUUAGCCGUAGCCUUGCACCUACUAGUGGACUAUCAGUCCCAGAUAUUUGCCGUAGUGGACUAUCAGUCCCCGAGGUUAGCCGUGGCCUUGCACCUACUAGUGGACUAUCAGUCCCCAAGAUUAGCCGUAGCCUUGUACCUACUAGUGGACCAUCAGUCCCAGAGGUUAGCCGCAACCUUGUACCUACUAGUGGACUAUCAGUGCCAGAGAUUAGCCGCAGCCUUGAACCUACUAAUGGACUAUCAGUGCCAGAGAUUAGCCGCAGCCUUGUACCUACAAGUGGACAAUCAGCCCCAGAGAUUAGCUGUAGCCUUGCACCUACCAUUGGAUUAUCAGCCCAAGAGAUUAGCCGUAGAAUUGUACCUACUAGUUGACUAUCAGUCCCAGAGAUUUGCCGUAGCCUUGUACCUACCAGUGGACUAUCAGUCCCAGAAUUUUGCCGUAGCUUUGUACCUACUAGUGGACAAUCAGCCCCAGAGAUUUGCCGUAGCCUUUAACCUACAUUCCCAGAGACUAGUCGUAACCGUGCACCUACUAGUGGACUAUCAGUCCCCAAGAUUAGCCGUAGCCUUGUACCUACUAGUGGACCAUCAGUCCCAGAGGUUAGCCGCAACCUUGAACCUACUAGUGGACUAUCAGUGCCAGAGAUUAGCCGCAGCCUUGAACCUACUAAUGGACUAUCAGUGCCAGAGAUUAGCCGCAGCCUUGUACCUACUAGUGGACAAUCAGCCCCAGAGAUUAGCUGUAGCCUUGCACCUACCAUUGGAUUAUCAGCCCAAAAGAUUAGCCGUAGCCUUGUACUUACUAGUGGCCUAUCAGUCCCAGAGAUUAGUCGUUACCGUGCACCUACUAGUGUACUAUCAGUCCCCAAGAUAUGCCGUAGCCUUGUACCUACUAGUGGACCAUCAGUCCCAGAGGUUAGCAGUAGCCUGGUACCUACUAGUGGACUAUCAGUGCCAGAGACUAGUCGUAGCCUUGUACAUACUAGUUGACUAUCAGUCCCAGAGAUUAGCAGUAGCCUUGUACAUACCAGAGACGUAUAAUACGUCUCUGUACAUACUAGUGGAACAUCAGUCCCAGAGGUUAGCAGUAGCCUGGUACCUACUAGUUGACUAUCAGUCUCAGAGACUAGUCGUAACCGUGCACCUACUAGUGUACUAUCAGUUCCCAAGAUUUGCCGUACCCUUGAACCUACUAGUGGACUAUCAGUCCCCUAGGUUAGCCGCAGCCUUGUAA